AUGCCGCUCUCACAAGCAGACUCCAACACUCUGGUGUGCCUAGGCCUGGCCCUUCCCCACUUCCUCUACGCCUACAUCUGGUUCUUCCCGCAGCAAUGGAUGGCCGCUUUCAAAAAGCGCAGCGUGGAGGUCUUUGAGACAUUGGCCUGGGCCCUGAAGGGGGUGCAGUUCCUGUCGGUGGCCUACUGGUGGCUGCUGCGCAAGCCCGCCGGCGUGGACGUUACGGCGGUGCCGCCGCUGGCCUGGCCCCUGGGCAUCGCGCUGUUUGCCUUUGGCCAGUGGCUCAACGUGGGCAUCUUCCAGGCCAUCGGCCACCCGGGGGUGUACUACGGCUUCAAGCUGGGCCACACCAUCCCCUGGGCCUCUGGCUUCCCCUUCAACGUCGUCUCCCACCCGCAGUAUGUGGGCAGCGUGGCAUCCAUCCUGGGAGCCGCGGUGCUGGUGUGGAGCCAGGCGCCCGCCGGCCUGGGCCUGCUGGUGUGCUACUGGACGCUGCUGUAUGUGGCCACAGCCUUCCAGGAAGACAAGCUGCACGUGGACUGA